AUGUGUGUGGUCCCGACUGUUGGGAUACGUCCUUGGGCAAAGGGCGGUUGGCGCGCAGCCGUAGACGAAUCAGGCCGAGGUCAAAGGCCUCGGCGCGACCGAGGAGAAAAGCGCACCGGGCCGAACCGCCCAUUGGUGCUGCCAUCGACAAUGACUGUUCAGUAUCUAGCCGAGGUGCUGAACCAAUCGGCGAUCGACGUAAUCAAGCAGUUGAUGCGCAACGGCAUCAUGGCAAACAUGAACCAGGUUAUUGACUACCAGGUCGCCACCCUGGUUACCACUGCCUUGGGCAUCCGCACCUCGAUUGCCCCUGAGCCCGCAGCCGCUGCCUCGCGCACGGCAACGGCAUCUCAGGAAGAGGCCGAGGAGAACUUGGUGUCCCGGCCUCCGGUUGUCGUUGUGCUGGGGCACGUCGACCACGGGAAAACGUCCCUGCUUGACUACAUCAAGAGCUCCCGUGUAGCCGACCGGGAGGUCGGGGGCAUCACUCAGCAUAUCGGCGCAUACCAGGUCGAAGUGGACGGCAAUCCAAUCACUUUCCUGGAUACGCCAGGCCACGCUGCAUUCACUGCAAUCCGCGCCCGCGGCGCACGGGUAACUGACAUCGCCGUGCUAGUAGUCGCUGCCGACGACGGCAUAAUGCCGCAGACCCUCGAGGCCAUCAACCACGCCAAGGCGGCUGAAGUUCCUAUCGUGGUGGCCAUCAAUAAGAUGGACCUGCCAGGAGCUGACCCCGAGCGUGUCAAGAGACAGCUAAGCGAGAACGAGCUGCUGGUCGAGGACUGGGGCGGUGACAUAGUUUCGGUCAACGUUUCCGCUCGUACCGGUGAAGGCAUCAAUGAUCUGCUCGAAAACCUGGAACUCGUAGCGGAAAUCGCCGAGUUGAAGGCCAAUCCCGACAAGCAGGCAUCUGGCGUUGUCAUCGAGGCCAAGCUGGACCGGAAACGUGGCCCCAGCGCCACCAUCCUCGUUACGGAUGGCACGCUAUCGGUGGGCGACCUAAUUGUGGCGGGCGCUGUCUCCGGUCGGGUCCGGGCCAUGGUUGACGACAAGGGCAAGGCUGUAUUUAGCGUGACUCCAGGCACCCCUGCCGAGAUCCUCGGGUUCGGCGCCCUGCCUGAAGCCGGAGACCAGUUGACGGUGGUCGCCAACGAGCGCGAGGCACGCACGCUUAUCGGCGGCCGUGACCGCGCCCCGGGAUCGCGCCCGCUCCAGUCCCGCGCCCUCAGUCUUGACGAAGUGGUCAAGCAGGUCGAUAUAGGCGAUAUCAAGGAAAUGACCCUUGUACUGAAAGCCGAUGUCCAAGGCAGCCUUGAAGCCAUCAGGCACUCCCUGGGACGCCUUGUGGACGAGGACGCAAAGGUCAGGGUGCUGCACACCGGCGUCGGUGCAGUGACGGAGUCCGACGUGCUGCUUGCCAGCGCAUCCGAAGCCGUUAUCAUCAGCUUCUCGGUGGGUUCCGAGCCCAGCGCGGAACGUCUUUCUGACAGGAUGGGCGUGGAGAUCCGAAACUACGAGAUAAUUUACCAACUGAUUGACGAUAUAGAGUUGGCCCUACAUGGCAUGCUGGAGCCGACAAUGACGGAAGUCAUCGUUGGUCGGGCCGAAAUUCGAGAGUUGUUUGGUGGCCGGCGGGGCGUCCAGAUUGCAGGUUGCCGCGUUACCGAGGGACGCAUCGUUCGGAACGGGACGGUUCGUGUGACCAGGGAGGGAGCGAACAUCGCCCAGUCAACAAUCUCCAGCCUUCGUCAUUUCCGCGACGAGGUCAACGAGAUGAAUGCCGGCACAGAGUGUGGAAUCAUCCUGCAGGGAUUCAACGAUUACAAGGCUGGGGAUAUCGUGGAAGUCUAUCGUCAGGAACGAGCGCGUCGCUAA